AUGGAUCUGACCUCUCGAAAUCCGAAUUCUCUAGACCUUUCAUCCAUCGGUUUCAAUUCCAGUCAGCCCUCCAGUCCUUCCAGUCCACUUCGGUCAACAUAUGGACUCGGUGAUCUCCGAGCAAUCUCUCGACGAGCAUGGUCGAAAUCAGCAGAUGAUCUUAGCAAGCUUUCGGCGGAUGUUUCUCCUGCUAUGGAGGAAAAGAUUGCCCAAUAUCGCAAUCGGAGUAAUAGCAAUACUAGUCCAUCAUCUCCAGGCGGUCCUCCUUCGGCUCCGCCUUUCUUCGAACGCAGUUUAAGCCAUGGUACUGGCGUACAACCGUUUCCAUCACUGCCGAGAAUCAAUACACCAUCUUCAGCUACUCCAACAGUGUCCAUCUCAAUAUCAGCACCUGUCAUUGACGAAGCUGCACACAAGCCUGCUCCAUCGCCCACCCACGUCCACACACGCUCAUAUUCAUUUACGCCCAAGCUCGCGUCCAAGCUUUCCGCGCCUCGUUUCAUGCCUCCCAGUCCCAAGCGGAAGGGUUCCGCAGGUUCAGAGAUGGAAGGAACGUCAACACCACCUGUCCCUACACGGGGCGCUUUUCCUUUCAGCUCUAGUAGUCGAACUCUUCUUCCCGACUCAUCUUCUUCCUCGAGCACUUCGCAGCCAGUUCAUCGAUCUACUACUCUUCUAGCUCCACCCAAUAUCGUUGAACCUUUCAACGAGUCCUCAGAGUCCAGCUCACCCAAACGGGCCUCCCAAAUCGUAUACCAUAGCGGCUUCAUCAACAAGUUUGCCGACGGUACCGCAAGUCCGCACCAACUUGGAACAGCGAAGGCGUGGAAGCCCUUCAAACUGGAGCUCAAGGGGUCCAAAUUGUAUUUCUAUAAACCUCCGUCUGAUAGGGCAGCAGCAAUAAAAGAGCUAUUUCCUACAGAGCUAGUACCUGUUAAUCAGCAGGAUGAAGACGAAAUUGGUAACAUUGGAGGAGUAGAGGGCGAGCUUGAAGAUGAUCCUUUUGCCUCUGCGACGGCCACGAAUACCCGAAUGGAUAUGCGGCCGACGAGACAGGAAAAUUCCAUUGCCCAGAGGAAAAAAAGAGCGUUCUGGGGUCGACGAACUCAUCCCGAUUUGUCAAAGGAUGCCGAGGGGAUAAUUGAGAAGGGAACAUUUGAGGCACUGACACAUGAGGCCGUCUUUGGCACUACUUUCUUCGGACUAGUGGAAGGGGAGGUCACCGCCGCGGAAAUUAGCAGUGGAAUUGGGAAGGCUAAGAUAGGAUCGAUGGAGCAAUGGAAAGAUUUCGCGGCUUCCAUCCUUCUCUGCAUGCCUCACUUGGUGGAUCAGACGAAGUUCGAAACGGAGCUGAUGAGGUGUUGCGAGUUUCUCGUCAGCGGCGCGGAAGAGGAGAAAAAAUCGGCAGAGAAGCAAAGAGUGGUGUGGUUAGCAGCAGAGUAUCUUCGAUACCACGGGCGGCCACUAGAAUUCCCUGAUUGGCCAGAAUGGAAAGCGGAAAUUGCUCCUGAAGCUAUCACCGUCCCACCCCCAGCCAUGCCUCUACCAAGGUCGACGUCCACACAAGCCUUAUACAACCCCACCCCCGUUGCGUCUCCGAAUAUAGGCAUGUUCUCGCCGAGACCGGGAGAGAGCAGUAACAUGUCAUUAGUGAAUGCCUUAAUUGAGAACGGACGCGAAGCUACUGCCACGCCUCAGCCAGGAUCCGGCAACUCUUACUUCGACCCGACCACGCCUGGGGCUCUUUCUCUUUCGACACCGUUUGGCACACCUUCAAGCCCCACUGUCAACAGGACUCCCUGGGCUUCCGCACUUGAUCGUGAAGGCCUAUCAAGAGAUGUACUUCUCCUGAUUGACCCCAACACCAUAGCACGCAGUCUGACUGUCUUUCAUCUCGCUGUUUUACAACAACUCCCGGAAAAUCUCACAGCUAACUUUGUACUUGGGCCGGAAGGAUCGGAAUCGCACCCGUGGUCGACGCAACAACCAUUAUCAUCAUUAUCUGCCACUUCUUUAUUCGGUUCAGACGACCAUCCUCAUUGGCUUACAAAACUGCUAUUGGUGCAAAUCCUUGGCGCAGAUACUUCAACAGGUUACGCUACCCUACGGGGCGCUCAAUUAUCUUCACCGAGCCGAAGAUCUGAAGACCGGGGACCUACGUCCCGUACGCAUUCGCGUUCAGAAGUCAUAUCAGCCUGGAUCAAGAUUGGCGAGCUUUGUCGACUGAACGGGGAUGAGUGCUCGUGGAGAGCUAUCCUUCACGCAAUAUGUGCUGCUCCUGUCGCUCGACUGGAAAAGGCUUGGAAGCGUGUUAAUCCAGUGGCAAUAGCAACUGUGGAAUCUUGGGUUCAACCUGUCAAGGAUGGCGAUCCCGUCAACGGAAUUAGGGAACCUAGAAUAACGCCUUGGGGAGGAAAUAUGAGGAGUAUAAUUAGGGAACACUUGUCACAAGCUUCGGUACCGGGAUCGACUGGUGACGUUCUGAUGUUGGCGACGCUGGAUAGGGUGCGCAUGUUAUUCGAGGGCUUUCGAACCUCAGUCUCUUUAUGUCCAAGAAAGACAACAAUUUUGGAGGAGGGAAGUAACGAAGAAGUCCAAAAGCUCGUUUCAUAUUGGAAGGACAUUGUCGCUGACGGCGGGGCCUCUAGUGGCCUAGGAAUAAAGUUUCACAGGGUUGAGCAGUUCAUCUCGUUAUCGCUUGCAGCUGAACCUCGACGGAAAGGGCUAUAUGAACCUUUCUAUUGGGCCAAGUCUAAUGGUCAGCCUUCUUCAACUGCACCACUCCUUCCACUCCUUUUUCCAGAGCCUCUACCUACCAUUACCUUACUUGACCGAUCACAAUUCUUUCGCGGGCGCGUGGAUAGCGACUCUAACGACUUUCAGCAUCUCCGCGCUGUUGACGGACAUUUGCGACCUGAGGGCCGAACAUCAGUACCUGCCAGUGACAGUGCUUUCGGUAUUUUGAACCAAGGAGGAAUGACAAUUCCAGUCCACGAUGGGGACCUUCUGUUGGUGGUACAAAACCCUAUCACUGACUCUUCCUCUACAGGCUCUCGACCCUCAUCUCUCGUGAGGUCUCGACCUCCAAGUUCUGACAUCGACCCUUCGUCUUUACUAGAUGGUAAAUCUGAUAAACCUAUCGGUCGGACGCCCUCCAUCCGAGUCAAGCCUGGGUCCUCCGCUAAUCUAGAGAGAAAGAGUAGCGUCGCUCGUCGUAGCUCGCUCCCAUCAUUGUCGCAGCGUCAGCCUUUAACGCUGGCUGAAAAUUCUUCGGAACCUCCCUUACGGGUUCUCGUUCAGGCGGGCACGUUGGAUCGUCUUGUUGAUGUUCUCGUUCAUGGACUUCAUAAUGUUUCGGUAUCUGUCGCGGAUGACAAUGGUGAAAUGUCAUUGCGGGUCGGAAUGACACGAGAACUGUUGCUGGACCACAAAGAAUUUACCAGAGUGUGGUGGAAUGUUUUUCGUAGUUUUGUGACGCCACUUAUAUUUUUCGAGCUGUUGCGCAAAAUUUACAUCAAAAGCCAGCCUGCAGGGUCACCUCCGUUACCUGAUCAAUAUCUUGCUGCCAUAUCAUCGAAAUCACAGGUUCUCGACGCCAUGAAACUCUGGUUGACGAAGGGUGGCGGAGCUCAAGAUGUAUUGGAUGACUCUCAGCUCCUUCAAGCACUUCGAGCCUUUUUUGCCAGUUCUAGUGAUCACAUCAUUCAUUCUUCCGCCGCCACCUUCGAGAACCCAAGUGUCCGACAAGCUUGGGAUAACAUGACCGAAUCACGGCAAGCCCUUGAAGAACUUCUGCUUUCUCAGACAAUGAGGCCAUCGACUUCUCGAACCCAAACUGUUUCUCGAAACACGGUAACCACGACCGAGUCUCGCGUACGGAACUUAAGCACCAGAGAGCCUCCGGAUAUGGAUCGCAUGAGCCCCGAGGAGUUUGUUGACAAUAUCGACGGGAUGGCAUUUGCGGCCUUCAACAAUGUAACAGAAGAAGACCUUUACAUCACAUCCGACCUUCUGGAGGUGCAAAGUACUGAUCGAACUGGAUGGUUCCCACCGCGAGAGGCGUCGUCACUGGAUGAGUAUAUCGAGAUACAAACUAUUCACAGCCAUAUUCAGGACGUAGAGCCAUCCUCUCUUAUAUCCGAACUUUCACCUGAAAGCUUAUACCGUCUUCUUCCCCCUGGUAUCCGAAGUUGCAUUCGAGCACACUCAAUCAUACGGAAAUGGCUGAUUUCAAAAAUUGUUGCUCCCCGUAUAGGUCUCCGCGCACGUCAAAUGCGAAUAGAGUUUUUACUACAAGUCAUUGAAGUCGCUCGGCUGCGUAACGCGGAGAGUUCUUCACCCAAUUCUGUCUAUGAUCAGCCCUGUGUUCGGUCUUUCGUAGAAGCAGCAGUGACAUCCGCCAUAUUGAGUCCUGAAUGCAGAAUGCACCACCGAACAUGGCAAAAUGUUUCUGCUAGUCGAGGUUGCAAUUACGACACACUUUCUCAGCUGCUUGCACGACCCAAAACGCAAUCUGUCGCAUCUAGAGAUCCCUUAACAGUGGACAUGGGGUGGCUGAUAGAGCGGAUUCUGGACGUUAUUGCCAUGCCCGAUCUUGUUGAAUCUCAUAAUGAAGAAGGGCAAAAUCUCGUUAACUUUGAUAAACGCCGGUCAGUUUGUAACCUCUGCAACUUCAUAUCUAACGCACCGUCACUGCUUUCGCGAAGGCUUGCUCAUCAGAAUGAUAUCAACAGACGAGGCUUUGAACGUCUUAACAAUAUUGAACGCGAAAUUUUCUCCAUUCAGUUCGAUAUCCGCGGAAUCAAGGAUGAGGCAUAUCGGGAAGGCGCUGCUGCGAACGCUCCUGGGACACCGUCAAAAAAGAUCUCGCGGCCCUUUCAAAGACUUGUCGCUAUUCAGAUGGACAAACAUCGGCGGGACAAGAACUUGCGAGUACGUCUACAGAAAGAGAAGACGCAGGAACAAUCUCGUAAUGAAAAACGAGAAGAGCAAUUGGACAAAGCGAUGAAGGGAGGACGAAGACCGACUUCGGUUGCACAGAAGCAGCAUCGCAAUAAGAAAAGCAUGUCGUCGCUUUUCAGUUUUAUGCGACCCAUUUCCAGUGCAUUCGGUGUCGAUAAUUCCCAUUCCCCUGUCCUAAGGAGAACCGCCUCUGAGCUUGAUUUUACUCCUUCGGGAAAGCCAACAUUAGUUUUGAACCUCACGGAUUCCAGCGUUAACCAUUUCAUCAACAACGAACGUUCUUUCACCUUUAGGCUCGAUACUGAGGACGGCGGUCAUUAUCUUCUUCAAGCGCUGUCGAAGCGGGACAUGACCAAGUGGAUCGAUACUCUUGCCAGGGUCUCAAAAAUAGCGGCGAAACGGCGGCUCACUUACAUCGGGAAUUCUCCCAAGCCUCAGAUCGCGGACCAUAUUCACGACCAACCCGUCACCGCUACCAGGGAUCCUAAAGCAGUGUUUGGUGUGGAACUGAAUUUCUUAUUGGAGCGAGAGUACGGUGGUAGCCCAGUACCUCCAGGUACCAUACCAUUUGUCAUUGAACAAUGCCUGGCUCAGGUUGAAGCCCGAGGUAUGACGGAAGUUGGGAUCUAUCGAAUGGCGGGUGCAAGUUCCGAAAUUGCUCAUCUCAAAGAAGCUUUCAAUCGUGGUGAAAAUCCGUUGGACGUGUAUACCGAUAUUCAUGCUAUCUGCGAUCUCAUCAAGUCGUGGUUCCGCGUCCUACCUGAACCGUUAUUUCCUCCAGCCUCUUAUCAUGAAGCCAUAGAUAUCAUCAAACUGGACAACCUUGAUGAACGACUGACCAACAUUCGUCGAAUCGUCCGGAACCUCCCUCGUGCUCAUUUUGAUUUAUUGAAACUGAUAUCGGAACACUUGGAACGGGUGACCGACUUCGAAGAACAUAAUCAAAUGACUGCCGAGGCCCUGUCAAUCGUCUUCAGUCCCAACCUCCUCCGUGCCCCUCAGAAUGAUUUUCUUCUGGUCCUUUCAAAUAUGCCCUACACACAUAAGCUGGUGAAGACCCUUAUCACACAUUUCCAUGUCAUCUUCGAUGACGCCGAUGCUGAGGUGGACCCAGAGGAUGACUUGGAUACCCCUAUAGCUGAGGCCGACGAAGACGAAGACGAAGACAGAGAAGAAGAAGAAGAAAGGACAUUCACCAGCUAUCUCUCCCCGACUUUGACCAGUCAAGAGGAACUGAGCUCUGAUCCAACGAAUCACUCUAAACCAUCUUGA